CUUACAGGUGUUUAGUCCUUUUCACACGGACGAGCACCGCGUCGGGAUUCCUGUUCUCCGGUCUCACGGACACACACGCACACACACGGUCACGCGCACCGGGAGCUCGGUUCUUCUCACAACACUCGGCGUGAUUUACCAUGACGACUGAAUCGGGCGCAGACUCUGAGGCCAAGCAGCCGCGGGAGAACAAGGAGAAGGAGACGGAGAAGGGGAAAGGGAAAGGAAAAGCUAAAGCAGCAGCAGCCGCCGCCGCCGAGCCCGCCUCGCCUCAGAACCAGCCGGAGCAGUUUCCCGCCGCCGCCGGACACAGCACCCCGGCCAGGAAAGCACAGGAGCAGCAGGAGGUGGACCAGGUCUCCCACAGGUCCUCCAUCAGUCGCCUCUCCCGGUCUCCAUUGAAAGGAGUGAAGAAGACGAAGAUCAUGGAGUGUAAGGUUGCCCUGCUGGAUGGCUCCGACUUCACCCUUAAUUUGGAGAAACGAGCCCGAGGCCAUGUGCUCUUUGAUAAAGUAUGCGACCACCUCAAUCUACUGGAGAAGGACUACUUUGGCAUCACAUGCAGAGAUGUAGAGAAUCAGAAGAAUUGGAUAGACCCUGGCAAGGAGCUGAAGAAGCAGAUCAGGACCGGCCCCUGGAACUUUGCUUUCAACGUUAAGUUUUAUCCUCCAGACCCCGCCCAGCUGACUGAGGAUAUCACAAGGUACUACCUCUGCCUGCAGCUGAGAGAUGACGUGGUUUCGGGCCGUCUGCCCUGCUCCUUUGCCACCCACACGGUGCUGGGCUCCUACGCGGUGCAGUCUGAACUGGGAGACUACGACCCCGAGGAAUUGGGCAGCGACUACAUCAGCGAACUGCGUUUUGCACCCAACCAAACCAAAGAGCUGGAGGAGAAGGUCAUGGAACUUCACAAGACCUACAAGGGCAUGUCACCAGCCGAAGCAGAGAUACACUUCCUGGAAAAUGCCAAGAAACUGUCCAUGUACGGCGUGGACCUGCACCACGCAAAGUUGGUAGGGAGUCUCUAUGAAUGCUUGGCUCCAUCUGAGGGAGAGGACUCUGAGGGAGUGGAGAUCAUGCUGGGAGUUUGCUCAAGCGGCCUGCUCAUCUACAGAGACAGGUUGCGAAUCAACCGGUUCGCUUGGCCCAAAAUCCUGAAGAUCUCCUACAAGAGGAACAACUUUUACAUCAAAAUCCGUCCCGGCGAGUUUGAGCAGUUUGAAAGCACAAUCGGCUUCAAGCUUCCAAAUCACCGCGCCGCCAAAAGGCUGUGGAAGGUGUGUGUGGAGCAUCACACCUUCUUCAGGCUCGUAUCCCCCGAGUCUCAACCCAAGAAGUUCCUGAGCCUGGGCUCCAAGUUUCGCUACAGCGGCAGAACGCAGGCUCAGAGCCGCAGGGCCAGCUCUAUGAUCAUCAGACCCGCCCCGCUUGUCGAGCGCUCCUCCAGCAAACGCUACAACAUGUCGCUCAGCUUGGAUGGAGCACCAGUCACGGAGAACCAUGAGACUCCGAUGAAGGACAGUGCCGCUGCUGGGGCGGCCAAAAUCCUCACUAAGGGAGACCUUAUCACCACGGUAACGACAGAGAAGAAGGCAGAGGAGGAGAAGGCGGAGCAGGAGGACGCUCCGAUGGAUGCCGCCGAGACGCAGGAACCGACAACGCCGCUCAGACAUGACACAAAGUGCUCCUCCCAUGUGUACACAACCGACCCCCUCCGCUCAGAGCUCUCACUCCCCUCAUCUCCCGUUUCAUCACCUAAAGUACGGCGGCGGCGCAGGGAGAACGCGCGUAAGCGGGCCUCGUCUGUCAGUCCGGCCAAGAGCACCGCCGGGUGCCGCCGCCGGCAAGCCCACGCCGACCGCAAGGCCGCCCUGCUGGACGAGCAGGUGCUGCUGCUGUCGGCCCGCAAGCAGAGGCUGGAGCAGGGCAAGAGCCGCGGCGGCACGCUCUUCUCCUUCUCCCUGCACCUUCCCGAUCUGUCCUCCUUGCUGGACGAGGACGGCUACAUCUCCUUUCCCGACCUGUCGGAGAUGCGCUUCCUCCCGAUGUGCGCGCAGAACUUCAUGGCGAUCAAGUCCCCGUCUCUCAUCCCCUGCUUCCUCUUCAUCUUCUUCUUCUUGCUCUCCACCUCCUUCUCCGUGCCGUACGCCCUCACCCUCUCUUUCCCCCUGGCGCUGUGCCUCUGCUACCUGGAGCCCAAGGCAGCCUCCCUGACCGCAUCCAUAGCCCAGGGCUACCAUGACCAUGACAGUUCAGAGGAAGAGGAGACCGACAGUGAACAAACUGAUUUUGCCUUUGAUGGAGAGAUGACCGCCACAGAGUCGGACGCAGACGACGACUCUGAGAUGCGGACUCAGUAUAGUUUCAUAAGACGAGUAAAAGGGGAAAAUGUUUUUGUCAGGCAUAGUAAUCUGAUGCUAGAGGACACCUCGCCUCCGGAGGAGAUGGUCAAACACCAGACCAACAUCAGCGAACUGAAGCGCUCCUUCUUGGAGACGGGCGAGAGCUCGCCGGGCCUGACGGAAUGGGAGAAGAGGCUCUCCUCGUCCCCCGCGCGCUCGCCCAGAGGGGACGAAGCGCCGAUGAUAGAGCCCCUGGAGCUGCAGGAUACGAAAGACGAACCGCCCGCAAGGGAAGAAACAAAUGAGGAGGUAGAACCUAAAGCCACCGAGGCGGCAGAAUAUCUGGUGAAGUAUGUGGGGGAUAGCAUGGCAACCGAUUUGGCCUCCUCCUCUGGGCUACACGGGAUUAGUCCGUCAACCACUAUGGACGACGACGUCUUCAUGGACGGGACCCUCAGGGAGGUGGACGAGGUGGCCGAGAGGGAAGAGAUUAAAGUCAGCCCGGGAGCUGUCCGACAGGAGGUGUACCAGGCCAUCACUGACAAGAAAGGGACUCUCAUAAUCUUGAAGGAGGCCGACGAUAAAGCAGACGCAGGGGGCAAAGAGACGAGCGCCGCGGGUGAGGAAGAGGAGCCGGCUCUCCCCGGAGAGGCCGAAGGCGAGGAAAACCAAGCGGGCGUGGAGGCCAAAGCCCCCGUAGUUGAGAUAUGGAGUCCAAAGAUGGAGAUAGAAACUAAUGGCGUGACUCAGAUUAAAGGGACGGACUCUCCUAAAAAGGCCAUGGCAUCCUGGAUAUCUGAGGUGGCGAAGACCGAGGUCAUCGGCGCGUCGACGAAAACCUCCGACGCCACGCAGCGGAGUGAAGAGGUCGUCGCCUCGGAGGAGAUCCAAGCGGAGAAGCCCAAGUCCGGCCCCUCUCAGAUUACACUUUCUGAAUCCUCAACUACAUCCUUAGCAGUGUCCACGCUGGGGUGGGUUCCCUCCUCCGAAAAGGGAUCCGCUGAACCAGAGGAGAAGGUGGUGGUUGCCACGGAGACGGAGGCUGCACCGGCAGAGUCGACAGGGCCAACGGUGAAUAUCCCGUCCACAGAGGCCGUAAAGGCUCGCGAUGUCGUCGAGGUGGGAACCAAAGAGGUGCCCGUGGUCCACACAGAGACGAAGACGAUCACCUACGAGUCUGCAGAGGUGGAGACUAAUGGUGACGUGGACCCUGGGGUGUUGCUGAGUGCUCAGACAAUCACCUCGGAAACCAGCAGCACCACGACAACCACACACAUCACAAAGACGGUGAAAGGAGGAAUAUCAGAGACAAGAAUUGAGAAAAGGAUUGUCAUUACAGGGGACACAGACAUCGACCACGAUCAGGCUCUGGCUCAGGCCAUAAAGGAGGCUAAAGAACAGCAUCCUGACAUGUCAGUGACCAAAGUAGUGGUACAUAAAGAGACAGAGAUCACGCCAGAGGAGGGGGAGGACUGACCCAGGAUUGAAAAACACGAGGGCUGUUUUUCUCUUCAACCGCCCACAACCCAACAUCCAGAACUCCACAUAUUACUCCGGGACUCUCAGACGACUAGAAAGGCUCCUGCUCUCCAGUCAACCCUCACCUGCAAAUUAAAAAAAAAAAAACACCUUGCAUGGGAAGGACGCAAUGUUGCAUUAUCAUACAAAUGGCAAAAUUAUACUUUAUACUUUUAAGUGGUUAUCGACCCGCACGCCGAAUCUCUGCGUGCGCAGCAAGCAAACCCCCCCCCCCCCCGUUUGCUGACACACUGCCUUACGACUCUCAAUGCAUUUCUAUGAUUACCGAGAAUACAUAGCAACGUUUUUAUUGAUGAAAUGAAGCCAUCACUCCAGAACACGUAGCCCGCUGCACACGUUUAGGGGAGCAUCCGCUGGUUUAACCUCACUCCGACCCGCCGAUCAGCUGCCGCACAUCAACGCUAAUCAUCUCUCACACCUGAUUUUCUUCUUUUUUUUUGUGUCAUGUCUACUUGAAUUGCAUUUCUCUUUUUUUUAAGACUAUUUUAGGGGUUUUUAUCGUGUGUUUAAUGAUCGUCAAUUUGAUUCCACCAAGAAGGUGUGUUUUUAAGGAAUAGCGUUUCUUUUCUUCUUUUCUUCCCGUUUGAAUGCCCCUCCGCUGGCUCUGAAUGUUCUCUCCCGAGCGGAGGGUCAAGUGCAGGGUUCGUCCAGGGCUCAGGACGCCGAGCUCUGCUCAGAUUAGAUGCAAAGCCAAGAGAGCUCUGUCAACCCCCCCUACACCCCCCCACCCUGAACAUGUCAACUAUAUGCCUCCGUCAUCUGUUCCACUCUAUCUGAAUAACCGAGUAUUGUUCGUGUACCAGCCAUGUUUUCCUCAAAAAGGUGAAAUAAAAGUGGCAAAUGCA